AUGCCUGCCUCCUCCAGUCGAUCGAUCAACCUCCUGCAUGUCGAAAACCUUCAUGAUGAUGACCCCUGUCCACUUUGCGAUUGUCAAGACGCAAUAAGCAUGGAAAGGAUUGCCUGGACCGACGAUAAUGUAGCUCGCAGGUUUUGGAAUUGCAAAAAUUCUUUGUCAGCUGAAGGUCUAAAAUGCAAGUUUUUUAUGUGGAAAGACAAAGAAAUGGAGGAGGGUUACUACAAAGAACAGCUUUGCAAGAUGAGGUUUGAGCUGAAAAAGGAAAGAAGACUUUAG